AUGGAAAACCGAAUACAAUGGUUGGAGGCUAUUGUACGAGAGAGAUGUUCCGAUGUCGACCUACGCCGUGCACCAGAAGUUCAUGUACGAGCUUUAGACGGGACAACGCACCCUGGAAUCUCUGAUGGACCAGUCGAAAGCGAAUCCCACCAUAGCCAGGCUCCACCAGAGCCUUCGCCGCAGGAGACAAGGACCAACAUUGCUGAGGGUGCUCCAACAAAUAAUGUUCGUUGUGAACAGGCAGCUUCGCAAAUCAUACCUACGAUCAAUGCAGUCAAUGACGAACCUCAGCAGGCGCACGAGAUUGGACUGGUCUCGCUGUCACCUGGGGGAGAUCCUCGGUAUAUUGGUCCCUCCAGCGGUUACUUCUUUGCAAAGCGAAUUCUCUCCAGUGCUGGCUGUCGUGGUAAACAGAAAGCCGCACCAGGAGCGGCUUGGGACUCAACGCACCUAUCAGUGGAACUGCUGAAUACACCAGCCUUACUGCCACCUCGAAAAGAAAGCGCUAUAGAGCUCUCUGCGAAAUACUUCCAAACCGUUCAUCUUCUUCACCCCUUUUUACACGAGCAAUCGCAUAUGGAAAUCAUUGACCAAGUCUAUGCGUCGGAGGAAGAGAGGCCGUUGGAUAACUUCCAAGUUUACAUGGUCUUGGCCGUCGCUGCCCUGAAUCUAUCACGCCAAUGCAAGAUUCAUCUUCCGGUGGAAGGAUAUUAUGCAUCUGCAUUGAAGUAUGCUGAUCAUGCCUGCAAUCAUGGUUCCAUUACUUCUCUUCAAUGCCUAUUGCUCCUCAUGGUGUAUGCUUUGUAUAACCCCUCCUGCAAUAUCAACAUCUGGAACCUCAACUAUCAAUGUCUUGCGAGCGUGAUUGACCUCGGCCUUCAACGUGAUGUGCGGGCAUCUCAGUCCCUCCAUAUCUCGGUAUUCGACCAAGAAAUGAGGACCCGUAUCUUCUGGGUGGUGUAUACCUUUGAUCGAACAGUGUGCACUAUGAUGGGUCGACCGAUCGGCAUCAGAGAUGAAGCUUGCGACAUAAGGUUUCCCCUUGCUAUAUCAGACAGCGAUCUCAUGAACAUCGGUCCUGACCAGCAAUACAAGGAAUCGCCUUCGCACAUGUCAUAUUCAAUCCAUAUAUUCGGAUUGGCCCAACUGGUAUCAGAAACAAAAUACGUUAUGCACAGCGUCAACCGUGCAGCGCCUGCCUAUGCUUAUCCCCCAGUCCGAGAUAUAGCCAACUGGCAAAAGGAUAUGAUUAAAAAUUUGCAAGAUUGGCAUUCGAGCAUACCACAACAAGUGAGCGGCGUCAACUGUAAAUUGCCGCUUUUGUGUAAGAUCAAGUAUCAUGACACAAUGAUCCUACUAUUGCGACCCAGUCCCGGAAUCCCAAAUCCGUCGGACGAAAACCUCGAGCAGUGUUUUCAGCAGGCCAUCAUGCUGCUUCAAGGAUAUGGGGAUUUGUACAGCACAGGACAUCUACUAUACAGCCGGCUUGUUGUGCAUUCAAUCUUUCUUGGCACGCUUGCCAUGUUGUACUGCAUUUGGAGGUUACCACAAACAGCGACAAAGUUCCUGGUGGACGACCUGAUAUCUAAAUUCAACAUUGCACAGAACAUUCUGAGCAGCAUUGGAGAGCACUGGGCUGAGGCUAUCCGAGCUCGCGAUUGUAUUCAUGAGUUAUCUAGCGUCACCAUUCGAAGACUCCUAAAGAGCCAGCCUAUGGUCUCUGCUGUUUCCCAGCCAGAUCAAUCAUAUCUGGCACAACAUGGCGACAUCCGGGGUCCUGGAUCAGGGUCUCACUCUACACUGCAGUCCGAUCAACUUGGCACUGGCCAAGGACAGCCUUUCUUAGACGUACAGGCUAGUAACGCAGAGUCCUGGCUUGUCCAACCGCAUACAACGUCAGAGGACGGCGUAUCCGAUUUCUCAAAUCUGUUCGAUGACCUCUUACAAGGGGAUUUCCCAGGUUGGAGCGGGACGUUUGAUAUUGAUGGGCUCAUGGGGGAGAUAUUCAACAGCGCUCCGCACUGA